AUGCCGGUGCCACGUCCCCCGUGUGACACCAUGAGGCACAGCGUGGCCAUGGGAGCUGUUGGGUGGCCAGUGUCACCAAUACCACUCCUGCUGGCGCUGGCACUGCUGUCACCGUGGGGACGGGCGGGUGGGACCUGUCCCCAACGCUGCGUUUGUGCCUCCAACAUCCUGAGCUGCUCGCAGGCGGCGCUGAGCUCGGUGCCGUCCCCUCUGCCACGUUUCGCCGCCGUCCUCGACCUCAGUCACAACAACAUCAGCCGCUUACGCGCCGACUGGGCUCCGGGACGCCUGAGCCACCUCCACGCUCUGCUCCUCAACCACAACGGCCUCUCCUUCGUCUCCACCGAAGCCUUCACCCACGUCCCCCACCUCCGCCACCUGGACCUGUCCUCGAACCGCCUGCGAGCGCUGGAGGAGAACCUCUUCAGUGACCUGGUGGAGCUGGAAGUUCUCCUCCUCUACAACAACGAGAUCUCCUCCGUGGACCGCACAGCUUUCGAGAACCUCCUCCACCUCCGUAAGCUCUACCUGGGCCAAAACCGAAUCUCCCGCUUCCCCCUGGAGCUGUUCCGUGACGGGAGCCGCUUGCCCCAGCUGGCCCUGCUGGACCUGUCGGCCAACCGCCUGCGUGGCCUGCCCGUGGGCGACCUGCAGGCGCUGCCCGCCUGGCUCCGCGACCGCCUCUACCUACACGCCAACCCCCUGCUCUGCGAUUGUCACCUCUUCCAGUUGGUUGCCCGUGGCCACCGGCGGCGGCUGAGCGCGGUGAUGGAUUUCCAGGAGGAGUUACGGUGUUGGUUACCCGCCGCCUCGGCGCCUGUCGGCAUCCUCACCUUGGCCGGGCGGCAGCCGCUUAAUUGCAGCGAGGCGAGGGAAGCGGUGCUGGAAGCUCAUCUUGGUGACACCGUCACCCUCAGUUGUGACACCCGGUUACGGGGGGUGCGUAACCGGCACUGGGUGACACCGGGAGGUGAGCGGGUGUUGGAGGAAGGUGGGAACGGCAGCGCCGCGCUCUUGGCCAAUGGUAGCCUACAGCUCCGGGCGUUACGCCCCGAGGACGCCGGUACCUACGCCUGUUGGGUGGGGGGUCCUCUCCUCAACGAGACCCUUUACCUGGAGUUGUUGGUGCACAACUUCACCCUCCACGGUCCCCACGACACCCUCAACACCGCCUACACCACCCUGGUGGGCUGUAUCCUCAGCGUGGUGCUGGUGCUCAUCUACCUGUACCUCACCCCGUGUCGCUGCUGCUGCUGCCGAACCGACAAACCACCGGCUCCUCGCGACGACAGCAUCAACUCCUCCGUCCUCAGUGCCACCCCUAACCAUGCCACCGGUGUCCCCGGGGAGCCUUGUCGCUCCCGUUCAUCUUCCACCACCGGCCCGGGGCAGAACGGCAGGUUCAAGGUGGGGGGAACCCCACAGGCCCCCCCCCAGCACGGCCCCAAGGCGCAGAGGAAGGUGUCGGAUCCGGACUCGGUCAGCUCCGUCUUCUCCGAUACCCCCAUCGUGGUGUAG